AGAGACACAGGGCUCGCAGAGGAGUCUCAAGGAAGGACUACGCCUCCCAGGAGGCUCUGCGCUGACCGUCUCCGGCCUCCCGACAGGCUCCGCGUGCUUUACGCGCCAGCUUUGGCCUUAGCCAGCGAGUGGCGGAGUCGCGGCAGAGGAUGGAGAGCAGCGAUGAAGCGGCCGUCGAGAAAUGCCGAAUCCACUUGCGCCCCGGCACGCUGCGCGACGCACCUCCCGCCACGUUGCACCUUCUGCCCUGCGAGGUUCUGGUUAGCCGGCCUGCCCCCGUGGGGCGCUUCUUCACCCCAGCCAUCCGCCAGGGUCCCGACGGACUGGAAGUGUCGUUUCGGGGCCGCAAACUACGCGGCGAGGAGGUGGUGGUGCCGCCCGGCCUCGUGGGCUACGUGAUGGAAGAAAAGGGAGAGGGGUUGGUGGGGAAGGGCUUCUCGGAGGGUUCGUCGAAUGACAACGAGCAAGAGCAGCAGGAGCUGGUGGAACCUCCAGAGGCGCUGGAGCGGGACUUUGACCGGUUCAUUGGAGCCACCGCUAGUUUCAGUGGCUUCACGCUGUGGGGCCUGGAGACCAUCCCCGGUCCGGAUGCCAAAGUGCGCGGGGCCCUAACCUGGCCCAGUCUCGCUGCCGCGGUGAGUAGAUGGAUGUGCCCUCUUCCAGGCCCCGUCCGUUCCUCUCUGACUUCAAGCUUAUUGCCUAGGUUAUCCAGAAUCUUGCCCCCGCAGUGGAUUUGGGGCUUCGGGGCGGGGGAGCACAAUGGGGCAGGUGGAGCCUGGGUCUGAAUGGAGGACUGGACUGAUCAGGGGCAGUGUGGCUCUGACCUGUCUAGAAGGGGCUGUCAUUCUGAGUAGCUGGGUCCCUCCCAGAGUAGGUGGGCCGCCCAGUCACAUGUCAAAAAUCCAGUGGUAGAGGGGACUCCUGUUGCAGAUUCACGCACAGGUGCCUGAGGACUGAGAACCGGAACCUGAAAUUGAAAGCCACUGGUCCCUUCACCCCAGUAAACCACCUCUUCACUUUGGAGCCGCUGAUUCCAUCACCCCAAAUAAAUGAGCUUUUCACAGCA